GAGGAACCCAGGAGAUCGCCAAUUAUUUAUAUGUUUAUUCAUACGCAGUGUUGGGAAGAAUUUGCGGAUAUCGAUUAUAUUAAAAAAUGUAUUAAAAAUGGUCACUCCGUAUUAAUUAUUAUGCGUGGUGUUCCGGGAAUUGGAAAAACACACCUCGCAAAGUUUGUUUUUACGAUCAAAUUUUUCGUAAUUUUUAAGAAUCUAAAACCACUAAUUUAUUUUUGCUACUCUAACGUUUCUAUUUUUAAUAUUUUUUUUAUGGAGGGAGAUAAUAUUUUUAAUAUUUAUCGCGAAAUUGUGAAAAAAACCAAUUUUCAAAUCAAUUAA